AUGGCAUACGGUAGUGCAGCUGAUGCAGUUGACGAGUACCUCCGGCUAGGUGAAACUACAGCAAUUUCUUGCUUGGAAAAUUUCACCGAGGCAAUGAUCUCUUUGUUCGGGGAUGAAUACUUAAGAAGACCAACACGAGAAGAUCUUCAACGGCUGCUUGAUAUGGAAGAGUCUCGUGGAUUUCCCGGGAUGAUUGGCAGCAUCGAUUGUACUUUAAACGAUAUCAAUGUCUUAGAUCGCUCACCUGUUUUUGAUGACAUCUUAUAUGGUAAAGCUCCGAAAGUAAGGUUCUCUGUCAACGGUCACAACUAUCGCCUACCAUAUUACCUAACGGACGCUAUAUAUCCAAAAUGGGCAACAUUUGUCAAGUCUAUUCCUCUUCCCCAAAGUGAAAAAGAUACAUUAUUUGCUACAUGGCAAGAAUCUGUACGAAAAGAUGUCGAAAGAGCUUUCAGAGUCUUGCAAGCCCGGUUUGCUAUUGUCAAAAAUCCCGCCCUUAUGUGGGAUAAAGAGAAGAUAGGGAAGAUUAUGAAAGCAUGUAUCAUAUUACGCAAUAUGAUAGUCGAAGACGAACGACCUACCAACACUCAACAUAAUAUAUCUGAAUUCGAACAAGGUGAAGGAAGCCGAACUUCACAUGUCGAUAUGGGUUAUUCAACAGAAAUGGCAUCGAAUCUGGACAAUUUGAUCGGCAAUCGGAUUCAAGUUCGAGAUACCGAAAUUCACGAUCAAUUGAAGGAAGAUUUAGUAGAACAUAUUUGGCAUAAAUUUGGAGGAACCGCUCUUUAA